UUUACAAGGAGCAAUGACCUUUAUUCGAUAAUUAUAACUAAUACUUCCUUAUAAUUAUAAUUUCGUUAAGAAAUCUAUUAGCUUCAUUUUAAUAUUGUUCUAUAGUUUUAGUUAACUGUCAGGCGCAUUAGUUUAUAACAUACAGAGUAUAGAUGCAUAGUUAAACAAUACCUAUUUAACUCUUUAGAUAUAAUUUCUCUAAUCUAUGUUUGUAAUCUAAAUUUAUUUCUCAUAUAGGCUGAUUGUGUUGUAUGUGGUGAUUUGUAUUGUAUUAAAAAUAAGUUGGGAGUGCGAAAAACUUGAAAAUGCCUGCUGUAACAUCGACAACAGCAGAAGAUCAAAAUGAUGCAGACCAAAAGAUGUGGAAUGCUCUCAAACGACAUAUUAUAAGAGAAAGACAGCGGAAAAAAGAAGAAUAUGAGGCCGAAGUUGAGGAAGAGAGAUUACGUAAAGAAAGGGAAGCACGAGAGAGGCAGGAUGUUAUGACUCUUGAGGAAACAAAAGAACAAAUAGAACAAUUGGAACAGAAACUAAAGCAGUUAGAAAAAGAGAAACAGCAGUUGUUUAUGCAGUUGAAGAAGGUACUCAAUGAGGAUGAAAUCAGGAAGCGACAGCAGCAGAAAGAAACUGAAAUGCCCCUAAAGAUGGCAAUGGGAAAUAUUCAAAUUCCAAUGUUUUCAAUGCCACCUUCCACUGGACAGGGUGAACUCCCUCCUGCACAAGGUAGACCACCACCUCUGACAUCAAAUUUUUUAAACAAGCAACCCAUGGUACGAGGGCCGAUUCAAGGCGGUAUGAAGCGUCAGCGCAGUCCAUCUCCUACUUAUGCUUUGUACGCGCAUCGAAUGCAGCCACAAAUGAAACAUCAGUCUGUGUAUUCUGACCACAAGGUAGAGGACGGCCGCAUGAGCCGACACUUGACGCGCGCUGUGCUAUGGAACAAGCCAUCGCAGUACGCAUCGGGCGGUCCGUCCGUGUCGCCGCAGACGUUCUACACGAUGCCCACGUCUGGGGUGGUGGGAGUGGUGGGCGAGCGGCCGCCGCCGCUGCUGUACGCGCACCACGCGCACACGCCGCACACACCGCACACGCCACACACGCCGCACACGCCGCACCACACGAACCUGAUGUAUGCGCCCGCGCCGCAACCCACGCAGCAGUAUUUCGACAUGUUGAAAAACAGAGAUGGACCUCAGCACCAAGAUGCUAAGAAGGAUUCCCAGCCGCAGGUGCUGAUCGGGCUGAGCGAACCGCACCAUCCGUCUGUGAGCAGCGGCGUGGGGUACGCACAGCCGCCCGUCAGCCGCCACCUCGCCAUACACCCGCCCCCGCAGCACAAUAACAUGCAGACCGCCAAACCCGGCAGCAUCACCCAAGGCUACCCAGUACAGCAGUCCAACACCAAUGUCCAGAACCCGAAUAUAUAUCCGAAUCGUCACCGAUAUUAGCUAGUAAUCAUCCGGCGUCAUCCCGCGAAGCCGCCACCCUAGCAUUGCAUCGUACGGCCCUCAAGUGAAUCUACACAACGCUAAGUGUAAACAAAUCGCGGUAAGACCUUCUCGUGAAACAAUGGACAGGUAGAUCUUUAUUGUCACUCCAAAAGAAAAUGAUAGUAAAUUUGUUAAAAACAAAAAUUGCAAGAAAAAACACUACAUAGAAUAAAAGGGCGUUUUUUUUCUUUACCGUGAAUGAUUUAUCGUGCAGUUCCACGAUAUAUCGUGCAAAUGAACGCUUUUAUACUUUACCGUGGUCGUCCACGAUAUCAUGAAGAGUCGUCUCCAUUUUUUUUUAUUAUUAUAUAAUUAUUUACAUAUAUAUUACUCAGUUUGUUUGUUUAGAUAGGAUCUUGCAAUCUAAAUUAGAACCAAUUUAUUAUAACUGAUUUUACCUUAAAUUUAAUAUUUAGAGUUGAUGUUGAUAUUACAUUCAGUAUAGGAUCCUUAAUAUGGUAUUCGUACCCUCCAAUCUAAGCAUCAUAGUACAGUCACAACCUGUCCCUCGACACUCAGCUCGAGCCCCCACGCGGUGUGUUUCACGUUGAGGUCGGCCACGAGUAUGGUAGGCGUAUCGCUGUCCAUGAUUAUCCUCACAUCUUUGGAACGAAAGAGAUUGGAUGAUAGACGAUUGUCCGCGACCAAGCGAACCCUUGCAUUCCGGGGGUCACGCAAAAAAAAAACCGUCGAUGAAAUCGUCAUUGCUGGGCUGCAUGAAAACAGCUCCUAGAACAGCAAUAGAGUUGGCCCUCAACAUAACACCCCUAGACCUGCACAUACCAGGGAGCAACCUUAGUCGCUAUCCGACUAAUGGAUCUGGAUCUGUGGGGUAAAAAUCACAACAGUGCCCACGCUUCUCUUCUGAACCAGGCAAUCGAAUAUGAACCAUUGAUUGCGGUUCCGUGUGAGAGGGCUCUUAAUUAUUAUAUAUUCAACAAAAAAUAUCAAGUACAAAUAAAAGAAGAGGAAAAGGACCAAUCUGGAGUACAUGAAUUACGCAUAUACACCGAUAGUUCCCAAACUGAGAACGGUUUAGGAGCCGCAGUCUUUCCCUUAGACCUUAAUAUAAACAUGUACAUACCGCUUGGCGUACACAGCUCAAUAUUCCAAUGCGAAUAUGUAGCAAUAACCGAGGCUGCUGCAGCUGUACAUAAGCUAGGUUUCAGAGAUGUUUUCUCCCAUGAACACUCAGGUUAUGGAAUGAGCUCUCUGCCGAGGUUUUCUCAAGAGACUACAGCAUGGGGUUCUUCAAAAGGGGGGGGGGGGUAAAGAGGUUUCCUCAGGGUCGGCAAUGCGCGCGUAAUACCUCUGGUAUUGCAGGCGUUUAUAAGCUACGAUACUACUGCUACGAUAACCGCUUACCAUCAGGUGGGCCGUAUGCUUGUUUGCCACCUCAGUGGUAUAAAAAAAAUGGUAUUGGCAUCAGAAUCUUAUCUGAUAGCGCAGCGAUACUAAAAGCACUACGAAACAACAAGACAAACAGCAAACUAAUAAUUGAAUGCCACCGUUCACUGGAUAUCUUCCAAUAACCGACUUAUCCUCCAGUGGAUAAGAGAGCACAUUGGAUCUUAUGGUAACGAUGCCGCAGACUAGCUAGUUAUAAGGGAUUCUGGAAUGAGGGUGGUAGGCCCGUAUCCACUUCUUCCUCUUCAGUUUUCGCUAUUUCGAAUAUGGAUUCGUUAAAGAUCCGCUGACGUACAAAACCAAAGAUGGAUACAGGCUACUGAUUGCAGACAAUCAAAAUUGACCGUGCGAACGUUGAAUCAACGACUAUCAAAACGUUUAUUACAUCUAGAUAGGAAAAACCUCAAAAUAAUGAUAGGGACAAUAACGGGCCAUUGUCCAUUAAACAAACAUUUAUACAUAAUAGGAGCCACAGACAGCCCUUUAUGUCGAUGUUGUUUCGACACCAAAGAAACGACUACUCGUGUAAUCCUGGAAUGUGAAGUUGUGAUGUGGCCCAUCAACAUUUAGAAAUCCUCGGAACGGUGAGGUCGCUCUGUGAGGCCUGUGAAGAUCCCAUGAAACUUCUGUGCUUCUGGGCGGAGCUGGGUUGGCUGUACUAGCCACUACUUAUACGCACAACUGCCCAAAUGAGAGGGUAAGUGCGAAAAAGACAGUUCAACUUAAAUUACAUUCGUCAUUGCGGGCGAACCUAUAACAUAGAGUGAGAUAAGAGCGUUCUGUGUUUCAUUCCAACACAUACAUAUCUGUUUUGACUAGAGGGACCAUCUCCCUUAUGGAGUAAAAGGCAUACAGCGAAAUUAUUUAUUUAUAAGCAUGUUUAAUAUAUACACAUAAAGUCAGUAAGAAUUUAUUCCAUUGUCUCACGAAGAGGGCUUUAUACUUGUGCAGUAAACGAACAAUAUCAGUUGACGGGUUUACCGACAGUGCAACAAUGAAAACUGGUGUUGAGUUAUAGUGCAAAAUUAUAUAGAACAACUGAUGUGUAACAGGAACACGGUUUUAAGUGCUGAUCGAAAAUGGAAGUGUAAUAAUAACUAUAUAGAAUUAUGUAAAUGGUACAAUGUAUUAAAUUAUUUGUAAUAGAUUGAAUUAUUUAUUGUACAAAUGAAAUAUAUACACAUACAUAGAUAGUUGCAGGUUUUAAAGUGGAACAUACGGGAUUUAAAUAUCCAACCGCGAUAGAAAUUUUAUUUUUAGAUUUAUCGUUGGUUUAGUUGAAGCAUUAUAAUUCUUAAAAACUAUUUUAAAGAUUAAAGCAUGGUAACACUAUUAUAUACAAUUGACAUUCUUGAAAUUUCUUUAAAAGGUUAUUUUUAUCUGUGGUGCAUGUUUGUAAUGCUUUUUCAAAGGUAUCAAACUGGAAUUCUUAAAGAAAACUUUGAUACAUUUCGAUCCACGUCGAAGCUGCGUAUGCGAAUUAUGUUUCUUGUUGUAUUGUACCUAUAAGUCGUCCUUGCAUUAUGACAGACCAAUAAUAAUAUGUUUUAAUAUUUUAAAUAGUGAUUUCCACAUAAAAAUCUCGUAUGUUCUACCUUCUAUACCUUACCGUACAAAUGUACAUUUAAUCACUAUAUUACUACAUAUUUAGUAUACCGCACAUGUAAAUGCUAUAGUAGGGGGAAAUAUUAUGUAAAAAUAGCAACAAAAUGUAAUUAAUUCAUGAAUAUACUAAGCUCUUUAUUUAUAAAUACUAAAAUCUCCUACAAACCUAUUUUAGAUAUUGAAAUGUUUUGUCUCUUUUUUUCAAAUUAAACAUUUAGUGUAAAAGAAAAGACCUAACUCUUCAAUAGCUAAAAUAGGUUUAAGAGAGGGUUUUAUGAAUAAAGGGGCAAAUCUUUUCCAGUUGAGUAUAAACUGCACAUACGUUAUGUAAUAUAAUGCAACUGUUUGACAUUAUUACUAUUUGAAAUAAUUAUAUACAAUAUACCUAAAUCCAGUCAUUUAAUGUAUAAUAUAAUACCUACUUAUUCUGUAUCUCAAUCGCUUGUGGUGGUAAUUUAAAAAAAUAAACAAUAAAAUCAA